AUCUUUUCUUCCUCCUUUUCUCCGCAGACGUUUGUCAUCCUCUGUACCUAUUUGGAGAUGUCCUUUAAGUUCCCAUCCCUGGUGACAGCCUGGGAAACACAAAAGCUCUAAUUAAAGACUGUCCUGAGCCACACUUUCUGGAGGAGCGCGGCCAAGCAGUGGCCCCAUAACCUGCACCAAGACCUUUUUUUCGGGUCCUCCAGGGGUGCGCUCAGGCUGGGGCUUAAGCCCUGAUCUCUUUUUCGUGGGGGAGAGCAUUGUUCAUCCCAGGCCUGAUUAACGUCUCAAGCCGCGUUUUCAACUUUGCUUGGGGUUAAGAGGUAGACGGACCCGCUUACCACAAGGAAGACAAUACAGGCACAACUGCAUCUCAUGAACCACACUCAUGUGCCACACAGAGAUAUCCAGAGCAGAGACCUAGACGUGUCUCCAACGGGCUGGUUUGCCCCAGCUGCCCCGAGACAGCUACCUGCUCCUUAGUCUCUGGGAUCUGCUCAGAACUAGGCAGGGUCCUCUCUGCCACCCUCCCGUCAACACAGAGGGCCCAGCAAAGGGGGGAGAUGAUGAACAUAAGAAAGAGAACUCUCAAGUGGCUCACUUUCUUCCUGCUCCUCGUCUUCCUCACAUCCUUUGUCUUGAACUACUCAAGCACCGGGGUGCCCACUGCCUGGUUCUCCAAGCACAUGGUCCUGGGAUUCUCGGACAACUUACGCAAGCUCAUCAAGUCACAGCCCUGCACCUGUACACGCUGCAUCAGCCAGGGCAAGGUCUCAUACUGGUUCGACCAGCGUUUCAACAAGACCAUGCAGCCGCUGCUGACAGCCCACAACGCUCUGAUGGAAGAGGACACGUACCAGUGGUGGCUGAGGCUCCAACGGGAGAGGAAACCUAACAACUUGAGUGACACCAUCAAGGAACUGUUUCGCGUGGUGCCCGGGAGGGUGGGCCUGGUGCUGGGCAAGCGGUUGGUGGGUUGCCGACGCUGUGCAGUCGUGGGAAACUCUGGGAACCUGAAGGACUCCUCGUAUGGGCCUGAGAUUGACAGCCACGACUUCGUGGUGAGGAUGAACAGGGCACCCACGGUGGGCUUUGAGGCAGAUGUUGGGAGCAAGACCACCCACCAUCUUGUGUAUCCCGAGAGCUUCCGGGAGCUGGGAGAUAAUGUCAGCAUGGUCUUAUCUUAUUGA